AUGUCAGAAAAGUAUUGGAGCCGUCUACUUCUGGAUAUUGCAACAAAUGUUAGAUCAAUGCAUGAUGGAGUCAGCAGAAUGCCAUUCAAUUAUAGAGAAAACCAAAAAUAUCCCGAAUAUUUGGAUGACAUUGGAGCUCUUUGUGCAUGCAUUCGAGUUUUUCAAGAUACGCUUUCUCCCAUUUCUCAGCAUCUUGCUUUGCAUCCAUACGAGAAAAUUUACAAAGACCCUAUAUCUAUGCCUGACCUCCUAACAACCAGUAUUUCAGACCAAAUGAAGGAGGAAAUUAAAGCUUCAGAAGCAAUUAUUGAGGAACUUAAAGAUAUAGAUGAUUCAGAUCAGAUAUCCUUCAAGUAUAUGGAUAGAAGCCAAAUAUGCAACAGAAUUAAUGAAUUCAAUAACUCAAUUAUUAAUAUUUCUCAGACAAUUUCGGACUUGGAUUUGUUACAAUUUAAUAACAUGAAUGAUAAUACCCAAACUCAAAUGAGUAAAUUCUCGUGA